AUGGACAGAGAAGCCUGGCAGGCUUACAGCCCAUGGGGUCACAAAGAGCUGGACACGACUGAGCGACUACCGAACGCUAACAUAUCACGUGCCCACCAGCCUCCAAGGCCUCAGCAAGAGGCCAUCCUGAGGCACUCGGCCACACUGCUGACUGGACACACGUCGAACCCAGAUUUCCGAGUCCUCCCGCCUUGGGCUGACCGCCAACCCUCUCCCCGGGCCGGGCCCUCCGCCCGCGACCCCUGCCCACGCGCCGCCGUCACACUGUUUGUCAGAAACGGGGCUCCACCCACGGCCGCCCGAGAGGCUGGGCCUGGGCUGCAGGCCUGGGAGCGGUGCCCGGCACCCUAG